AUGAGCUCGAACCCACCAACACCUUCUAGUGACGCAAACAAUUCGGCCACGGCCCCUCCCAGUGGCGCUACCCCUGCUCCUGCUCCCGGUGCUAGUGUUCAUUCUCAGCCGCCUCCCAGACACCCCUCUGCCCCCACCGGUAGUCACGCCCCACCCUCGCAACAUCCACAAGGGCAGCAACCCAAUCAGCAAAUGUCGGAUUCCAACAAGCGCGCUGCGUUAGCGGGUCAAUGGAGGACCCCACCUUUGCCAGUCUUUCCUACGGCUGUUUCUUCCAAUCUGCAACCUCAUUCGCAUCACCCCCCUCCUCCGCCUCAGCAAGCGCCUCCACAGCAGCAAGCAAGUAUGCCGCCGCCACCACCGGCCAAUCUGCCAGAUAAUUCGGAAGAUUACGCGAAAGCUCUUCAGGAGGCAUACCGUCGUGGAGCUGAAGCGGCAGCCGCCAUGGCCGCCCACCAGCAACACAUGUCUCCGUCGGUGUCAUGUCCAAACUUCCAAAGGCCAAUGGCAGCGGCACCUCCUGCUCCCCCUCCUCCGCAGAGUCACGUCCAACCAAUCAUGACUUCUCGAAGUGAAGACAUGACCGCUUCCUCCAAUGCUUAUUCGCACUCGCAUCCGCACACUCAUCCCCCUAUGCCACCACCACACCCCGCCUAUCACCCACACCCUCAUGCGCCUCCCCCGGUUGCCCAGCCUCAUCACGCUACGCAUGCCCCACCGCCCCCACCUCCACAUCAUCCUCAUCCUGCGUCUCAUCCACCCCACCCACAAUACGCGGCUCACCCUCAUCCGCCUCACCAAUAUGCAGCGCCUCCCAGCUAUGUGGCCCCGGCUCCGACGCCAACAGCACCUGCUCCGCCGCCGCCGCCACCACCACCACCCGCUGGAGCACCCCCACAGCAACAACAACAAAACGCGUCGGUUCCAAAUCCACUUACCAACAUGCCCCCGCCUCCCAACAAACAACCUCAAACGACCAUGGCCCCUCCACCACCAGCACCGCCUGCUGGAGGCGCUCAACUUGUCGUUCCUCAGGCUGCGCAACAAAGAUCCGUGAGUUUGCCGGAUAUGACAUCAUAUGCCGUUCAGGCAGAAGAAGAAAAGCGCCAGAAACGAUUGGCCAGAAACAGGGCCAGUGCCAGGUUGCGACGAUUGCGCAAAAAGAACUUGGUCGACGCCUAUGAAACGGAAGUGGGCAUUUUGGAAAAGACACUCCAACAGCUGAAAGCUCAUGAAUGGGGUGUUCCAGCUGCUACGGCUGCCAACACUCCCAGUGAAGAAAAGAGUCACCAAUCACUUUUGGAAGCACUCUGCAUGGAUCGUGGACAGCAGGUCAUCUCGAGCGAACAAAGAGCCCAACAGUGCCAAGACAUUCUCGAGCAACAGCUUCAGCAGAUGGAGCUGCUACGACAAGUGCAGUUUGAGCAACAACUGUUGGCACAAGUAGCGGGAGAAAACAAGGAUGAAGACCCCGAGCUCGCGGAAAUGGCGCAAGAGCUCGACUCGAUCCUCAACUUGACGGACGACCAAAAGUCUCAGCUACAGGAAACCAGCAAGGGUUUGGAUGAUGAAAUGACUGCUUUGGAUACUGUCUUUUCUUCGUUGGUCAUGAUGAAAGAGAACGAAUGGUUGUUGAACCAGGGCGUUCAGGACAUUACAGACCAGCUCACAUCCAUCCUGCACAAGAAUCAAAUGUCCAAGUUUCUGCUUUGGGCAGACGCCAAUGUGGAAGCGAUUGAUCAAUUGGAUCAUGUCCACGCCGCUCCGAAGACGGCGCCUCAUCCUCAUGGACCCAUCUUUACGUUUGGAGUGGAGACUACGCCCAUGGAAGAUGAGGGCGACGGCAGGUAG